UUGUGUACCAAAAGUAGUUUUCUAAUGGCUGUUGUUCCCUUUAGAAGUUUACCUAUAUAGACAUUUAGCUGUAUCACCAGCAUGAAGGGGGAAAUGUAUAUUAGUCAUGAUGUUAUUAGUCUGAGUUGUUGCAUAAUGCAUCACUUUUUCAAGCCUCAAUGGUAUCUGCCAUUUUCCAUGAAGACACACCCCUCAUAUUACAUCAAAACUGGAACAACUGGAACAUCAAAAGUCAACAUUUACAUAUCUUAACUGGAUUGAGUUGAGUUAAUCUUGUUCCAUUGAUUUAACUCUGGGAUGUCUUUGAAAGUCUAAAGAACAAAAUGACAGGUUAGUCAUUAGUCACUAAUACUACCUUUAGCUCAUAGUUAUGUGGUCCACGGCAUGAAAUUACUCUGAAAUAACAACUGCCUGCUCCACUUUAUAGAUUCUUUAAGUGAGUUUGAAAAUUGUGGUUAUAAAUAUUAUCUGCUGCAAAAUAGACAUUUACUAGUCUUCGACAUUAGUUGGAGUUAGGCAAACUGAAUGAACACAUCACUUAUACAAUGUGUUUUCACAGCAGUUCCAACGGCUGUCCAUCACAUUCCCAUACCACAACAACACAUCUCGUUACUUUAUAAAUAAAAGCAAAGUCCCCAGUCAUAUUUAUUAUCGUGUGGAGACGUGCAGGUGCAGCUCAUAAACACAGUGUCUAUAUUUCCCAGGACACAUGAAGACAACAGUAUUUAUUCAUCGUUGACAGCUGUAGGAGUUGAUGUGAUGACGUCUUGCCUCUUGUCUUCCAAACUUUCUCACAGUCACAGCUGCGUCAAGCUCGACAGAUACACCUAGAGAGAAAACCGGAAGUCAAAUGACUUGUCUAGAAAAUUAGAGUAGCUAAAUUAAAAAUAAGACAGCUCUAUGCAAUUAGUCAACGAUUAACUGUAUCUAAAAAAUAGAAUGUACAUUCAAUUGUAGGAAAUAAGUAGGUUUGCAGCCAAAUUGGAUUUCAUACAUGUUCUUCUUCUUCUUUUCUUUUUGACUUAACAUGGCAAUUUUGACGUUUCCAAACUUCACUGACAGUUAAUUAGCCAAUAUAUAAUAAUCACAUAUUAAGACACUACACCAUAAUAACAUACCAUCUGCAGUUUUUAAUGAAAACACAUUUGCCUUUAAAAUCCAUAACAAGAUAGCACUGAAAUUAUGUUAUCAGAAUAUAUAAAUAAACACAAAAAUUGAGCUUUUUAACGCGAAGUUACGACAUUUAUUGUGCAAUUUCACAUCGGAAGUUAAUAAGUUGAUUUGAUUUGAUUUGAUUUGAAUAAAACAUCGGAAAACUUAAAGCAUUUUUGCGGUUGUCAAUUAAGGAUUUUAUUUCAGAAGUUGUAACCGGAAGUCACGUAUGUUCUGGCUGACUUGACACCAACUGCCUUGAGAGGGAGGGCGAGGAGUGCUUUACUUUUCUCUAGUCUAUGGACCCUUUCUUUGUUGUUAUGUCUAGUUAUUAGUUUAGCAGAGAGAGUUUUGUGCCUCAUUAAAGUAUAUUUUAUCAUAAGUUAACAGUACCUGGCUGUGGACUCGUACUCCUGGAUUUAUUGAGACUGCUUACCUCUCCGGUUUGAACGAUGCGAGCGAGUGUAACGUUACUCGGAUUUUAUUUGUGUUUUUCAUUUUAUCGAAAGGAAGAUGAGGAAAGUACAUGAGUUUUGCUCAUUAUUUUAAAGUACAAGAGGUUGUUUACAAAAGGAGACAAGGAGGGAAGUGACACUCUGCUAGCACAAGAAGACGCAUAAAGACAAAGGAUCCGUUUUAAUCUAAACCUUGUGGCGCUCUGGCUUUAAUUGAUCAUUUCUGAAUUAUUUGACCGUAGAUUACGUGGCAUUGCCUGUCUGUCUUUGUAAGGAAAUCCCUGAUGCAUUCUUUUGCCCCCUCUCAACAUGCUGGCUCUGAGGCUGGAGCAGAGCAGGCGAGGGGGUGGUGAAGUUGAUCGCCUGCAGAAAGGGGCCACAGUGGCUUGGCAGGGCCGACAGUCAGGGAGGCCCCCUUCUCACGAGCAGGGCAAUAUCAGGCAGAAGAUCUCCCAGUGGGAAGGUCGCAGUCAGCAGGACAGCAGCCGGGAUGCCGAGGUGAAAGCACAUCCUCCGACUGUAUCCCGAACUCUGUCUGAAGAUGUCCUGGGCAACGGAUGUCCCAAUGUGGGAUCAAGAGGUGAGCUUCACGCAAAACCAAGCCUCUCCAAAUCUAAGAGUUUGGGCUUAGAUUUUCGGGAAUCCCCAGCACAAGCUGGACAUGCUGUGGUUGGUAGGAAGUCGGAGCCUCUGCAGAAAUGUUCAACCACAACCCCAGGAAAUAAACCACUUGCAGCACAAAUGUUUGUGUCUCCCAAAGUGGAGGCUAACACUACUAACUCUACCGCUAAACGAAUCUUCACUGCCAAUGGCGACCAAAAAACAGAUCGCAUCUUGGAUGUCGAAGUAGUUUCUAAACUUCUACCUCUUUCAACUGAUAACCAAGAAGCCAACAUGCCUGCUGGAAACUUCUACACUUCACGGGGUUUCUGGCGUAAGCUCGAGGGGGACAGACUGCUCUGGGAGAAAGGCAGGGCGUCUUCAGGUGAACCUCAACCUCCUCCCAAACCUGUGCGGACAUUCCAGUAUCGGGGAGGCAACAACAACAACACGGGGAACACAGCGCGAUGGGGCAGCAGAUCCCCUCAUAACAACCACUCCAACGUGAGGAGUAGGAGGGUAGCCCACCCACCUAGCUUUCCGCCUCCUCCAUGUCCCGUAUCAAAGACCAAUGGGCUCUCAAGGCAUAAAAAGAACAGGAAAUCCUUUGAGUACGAGGAUGCGGCGCGACUGACGGCGAAGCGAGGCACGCUGGGAGGCGAGGAUAGACACUCAAGCAUUUACCACGCCUACUCUGACGACAAUAUUUAUGAGGACAUCGUUUGUGAAGUGACCAGAGAUGACCCCUAUAAGGAUGUCAAGCUAGCUCCCAUGUGUCUCCCCAUUGCAAGGCCUCACGGCCCAAAGCUGCCUCCUAAACCUCAAACGUUGCAAGGUUACACUGGCAAGGUGGAGAGGAAGAGGUUCCAAACGACAACUGCAUGCAAAUCCUCAACACUUGCAGAUACUCCCAAACCAGCUACACCCCGGCGUUCAAGCACUCAAAAAAUACACAGGACGCCUCAGUACGUCAACAAGAUUGAGACCAUCUUUGACGACAAACGAGGAAGGAAGAGAGUAAAGAACCAGGGAGCCUCAGUGCGAGAGGAGACCAGUGGGACAGAGAGUGACCCCGAGGACGACACCAAAGCAGGCUCCAGGAGGUCAGUUUACAUCCAGUCUACACUGAAACGUCGACCAGGCUACCGCACCCUAGAGAGAGACCUGAUCCAGCUGCAGCAGCAGCAGCUUUUCCAGAUCUUUGUGGUGGUGUCGCUGAGAAAAGGCUCCCCAGGAAACAGCUACUCUCCUGAAAUCACCCAACAGUUCCCCAAACUGUUUGAGAAGUCAUCCCGGCUCUCCAGAGAGGCGGAGGAUCAGCUGAAGGUCAUUCCCAAGUUCUGCUUCCCCGACGCACAGGACUGGAAGCCCUCAGCACACACUCCAAGUGAGACCUUCUCCUUUGUCCUGACCGGAGAGGAUGGCAGCCGCUGGUUUUGUUACUGCCGUAAGAUCUUGCCCAUUGGAAAAGGAAAGAGGCUUCCUGAGGUGCACUGUAUUGUCAGCAAACUGGGCUGUUUCAACCUCUUUGCAAAGAUUUUGGAGGAGGUGGAGAAGCGCAGGGAGAUUUCCCCAGCGCUGGUUUACCCAUUUAUGCGUAGCGUGAUGGAGGCCCCUUUUCCAGCCCCUGGACGCACAGUCACCAUCAAAAGCUUUCUCCCUGGAUCAGGGAAUGAGGUACUGACUUUGUGUCGACCAGUGGACUCCAGACUGGAGCACGUGGACUUCAGCUGCCUGCUGCAGUGUCUCAGUGUCGGGAAUCUCCUGCAGGUGUUUGCCUCCCUUCUGCUUGAGAGGAGGGUCAUCUUCAUCGCGGACAAUCUCAGCGUGUUGUCUCGGUGUAGCCAUGCAGUGCUAGCGCUGCUGUACCCCUUCACCUGGCAGCACACAUUUGUGCCUGUGCUACCGGCCAGCAUGCUGGACAUCAGCUGCUCCCCCACCCCAUUCCUCAUCGGGGUGCUGGCACCCUGCCUGCCAGAGCUGCUGGAGCUGCCCAUCGAGGAGGUGCUCAUUGUGGAUCUGUGUGCUGACAAGUUUGUGAUUCAGCUGGGCGAUGAAGACUGCAUCCUGCCCAGUAAACUGCAGGCAGCGCUGCAGCAGAUCCUGGAGGAGAGGGAAGACAUCCUGAGACAGGAGGACGGAGAAGGUCGUGGAGGUAAGCAGGCUGACCUGAGCUCUCUGGUGUCGGAGGGUUUCGUGCGGUUGUUCGUGGAGCUGGUGGGCCACUACCCUCUCCACAUGGUCGAGUCCUCCAACGGAAGCAGGGAGGUCCAGCGCGACAGCUUCCGCAAGUCUCACCCUUCCCGUGGAGUCCGCCAGUUCCUGCAGCUCUUCAUGGAUACGCAGAUGUUUGCCGGCUUCAUUCAGGACAAAGAGCUGCGCAAGGGAGGAGGAAGAGGUCUCUUCGAGGUCAGAGUGGCCGAGUAUCUGGAUUCUAACCCUGAGCCGGAGCCAAGUGGUGUGAACAAAUUUCUUAAAGGACUGGGAAACAAGAUGAAGCUCCUACAAAUGAAAUGAUGACACGCCAACAGCCUGGCUUUUGAAUGAAAGACUUUGUAAUUACAAACAGAACACUUGUUGCUGCUGGACUUACUGAGGAAAUGAAUGUGGAUGAGAGUCUUGUGUCUGGAUGUGAAUGGGAUGGUGAGAGUAUGAGAGGUUUAUCUUACAGCCAUGUAAACAUGUCUGAGAGCAGUGCACUUUUUAUUGGACGAAAACUGGAAAGGCGAUUUCUUAUCAUUGUUUUAUGAAACCUUGAGGACGAGGCACUAUGUCUCAGGAAACCUACACAAAACAUUCCAGCUACUUAACCUCAGUUAUCAACUUGAACAUGUGUGGUUGUAACUAUGUUCUCUUUAACUGGAAACGUGUUUUCUUGCAAUACAUUUAUCUACCCAUAGAUUCAACUCUACUGCACAACGUGUGCAUUUUACAGUCAAUGCAACUUCAAUGUGUAAAUUGCGAUCUUGUAAAUUCUUUACAACUGAGAAUAAUCUGUAUGGUUCCAACCUGAUGCAUGUUUUUAUACAUUUUAAUGUAACAUUUCCAUCAGCACAAACUGUACACAAACCUUUUGUUUACUUUGUUUCAAUUUGUUUGCAAUUCAGAUCGAGUAGGUUUAUUAACUCUGAUCAGAACAUUUCAAAGUGUUAAGGCUCCAGGUGAAACCUCCUCAAUCAAAAUAUGUAUUUACGUCUAUACCUUGACUUUCUCCUUGCUAACUGUAGUUGUAAAUAUUUUUUUACAUUUUGCACAAUGUUGAGAACCAGUGUACAGCAUUUGGAAUAUUUUUGUAUUAAAGCAUGAUGUGUCCUACUUUAAAUAAAUGGAAUCCCAAGGACA